AUGAAAGUUCCAUACGCAGCCAGUAUCCUUCUAGGAGCUGUCUCCGUUGGCGCCCAUAAAUCCGCCGACUACUCCUACGAGUCGACUGAGGGCAACCGCCCUGACAUCAACGGCCAAGUCAUUGGUGAAAUUCAAUGGCAGUCACCGCCCGUCAACUCGACUCUGUUGAAUGUCAAGCCCUUCCGUGUCACUUGCACUCGUGAGAAACAUCGCAAUUGGUGUACAAACGCCAUUGACGGCAAAAGUGACACAUACUGGGAAAGUGACAACAUUGGUCAUGGGCUACCGUGGAUUUCAAUUGAUCUGAAAACAGUGCACAAUGUCAGUGGUUUGACCAUGUUACCUCGGUUGGACGAGAAUGUCACUGAGGGUCAGAUUGCCAACCACCGUGUCUAUCUGAGCAAGGAUGAGCGAAACUGGGGCGAGCCAGUGGCCUACGGAACGUGGGGCAAGAACAAAGGCAUGAAGCUCGCUGCUUUCAACCCCACACCUGCGCGCUAUGUCAAGCUCGUUGGUGAUACUCCUCCUCUCCCCGAUGCGCCUGGCUGGCACGAGCCUAUUUCGAUCGUCAACCUUGGUAUCUACACUGCCAAUUAUACUCUCCCCAUCGAGCCUGGCAAGGGUGUCUGGGGACCAACGCUCGAUUUGCCCGUCAUUCCAGUUGGUGCGGCCCAGGAAUCGAAUGGCCAAAUCAUUGUCUGGUCUGCCUGGGCCGAUGACCAGUUUUUUGCUUCCCCAGGUGGCAAGACACUCACCACGACAUGGAACCCCAAGAACAAGACAAUUGAGCAGACUGUGGUCGCCGACACUCACCAUGAUAUGUUCUGCCCGGGCAUGUCCAUGGACUUUAACGGAAGUAUUGUCGUCAGUGGUGGUGGUGACGCCGGUCGGACAAGUAUUUUCAACGGAAAGACCUGGGAAUAUGGCCCAGACAUGCGUCAGCCUCGAGGAUACCACGCAACAACUACUCUGUCCGACGGUCGAAUCUUUGCGAUCGGUGGUUCUUGGAGUGGUGGCAACAAGGUGGAGAAGAACGGUGAAGUGUACAACCCCAUUAAGAGGAAGUGGUACACCCGUUCGGGAACAAAGGUUAACCCUAUGUUGACUAAUGACCGACUGGGUCGCUGGCGUGCCGAUAAUCAUGCUUGGUUGUUUGGAUGGAAGGAUGGAAGUGUCUUCCAGGCUGGUCCCAGUGUUAAAAUGCACUGGUACACUGUUGAUGGCAGCGGAAGUACCACUUUCGCUGGAAGACGAAUGGAUGAUGGAGACUCCAUGUCUGGCAACGCUGUCAUGUUUGAUGCUGUUCAAGGCAAGAUUCUCACUUUCGGAGGCCAGCCCUCUUACGAUGGCUCUUACGCGUCCAAGAACGCCCAUAUCAUCAGACUGGGUACUCCUCUUGAGGAGCCUCUCGUCCAGGUCGCUGGCAAAGGUUCCGGCAACGGCAUGAACUUCCCUCGCGUCUACCACACCUCUGUGGUUCUGCCCGAUGGCAAGGUCUUUGUUGCUGGUGGCCAGGCUUGGGGACAGCCCUUCAACGAGCAUACCAUCCAACACUACCCAGAACUUUACAACCCCGAGACGGAUACUUUCGAGCUCAUGAACGGUCAAAACAUCAUCCGUGUCUACCACAGUAUCUCCAUGCUGCUUCCUGAUGCUACUGUCCUGAACGGCGGUGGUGGUCUAUGUGGGAACUGCUCUGCGAAUCACUACGAUGCCCAAAUCUUCACUCCUCCCUAUCUGCUGACUCCCACCGGAGAACGACGUGAGCGCCCCACGAUUCUGAGCGCUGACAAGCGAGUCAUCGUGGGCCAGGUGUUGAAAUUCUCCACUGACAAGCACAUUGGUUCGGCAUCUCUCGUUCGCCAGGGAACUACUACCCACACUGUCAACACUGACCAGCGUCGUGUCCCACUCGAGCUGGACGCCCAUGAAGACCACUCUUUUACCGCGAGCCUCCCGGAUGACGCUGGUAUCCUGCUUCCUGGCUGGUAUAUGCUUUUCGCCUUGGAUGCCGAGGGCACGCCUAGUGAAGCGUCUCUGGUCAAGGUGGAACUGUCUCAAUACGCAGAAAUUGAGCUUGAGGAAAUGCUGGAGGACGACAGUGACCAUGAAGCCGUUGAAGGACUCGUUGCACAUGAAGAAUGCGAUGAAGAGAAGAUGACGGGUAUGCUGUCCGCCAUCCUCUCCUCGCCUGGCCGAGUCUGGAAAUCGUGGAAGCCUCUUCUUGUAUUGCAGGGCAACUAA